AUGUCAGGAAUGCCAUUAGAUGUAAAUUUACGUAAAAUGCAGUUGAAAAAUGGUAGUGAAGUCACUGUGUUUAUAUUGAUGGGCUUCACAGAUGAUUUUGAGAUGCAAGUCUUACUAUUUCUACUAUUUCUUGCAAUCUAUACCUUUACACUGAUAGGAAAUUUGGGUCUGGUUGUGUUGGUCAUUGGGGAUACUCGACUUCACACUCCUAUGUAUUAUUUUCUGAGUGUUUUGUCAUUUUUGGAUGCCUGCUAUUCCUCAGUUGUCACCCCCAAAAUGUUGGUCAAUUUCCUAUCAGAAAAUAAAGGCAUUUCCUAUGUUGGAUGUGCAAUGGAGAUGUUCCUUUUUGUGACUUUCGGGACCACAGAAUGCUUUCUCCUAGCUGCAAUGGCUUAUGAUCGCUAUGUAGCCAUCUACAACCCUUUGUUGUAUUCAGUGAGCAUGUCACCCAGAGUCUAUGUGUCACUCAUGAUUUCUUCUUACAUUGGGGGCAUCAUGCAUGCUUCUGUACACACAGUGGCCACAUUCACUCUCUCUUUCUGUGAUUCCAAUGAAAUUAGGCAUGUCUUUUGUGACAUCCCUCCACUACUUGCUAUUUCUUGUUCUGAUACUCACAUUAAUCAACUCUUACUUUUCUACUUUGUGGGAUCCAUCGAGAUAGUCACCAUUUUGAUUGUCCUGGUCUCCUAUAGUUUCAUUCUGUUGGCAAUUCUGAGAAUGAAUUCUGCUGAAGGGAGAAGAAAAGUCUUUUCUACAUGUGGUUCUCACCUCACUGGAGUAUCAGUCUAUCAUGGGACAAUCCUCUUCAUGUAUGUGAGACCAAGCUCCAGCUAUGCUUUGGAUCAUGACAUGAUAGUGUCAAUAUUUUACACCAUUGUGAUCCCCAUGCUGAAUCCCAUCAUCUACAGUUUAAGAAACAAAGAUGUCAAAGAAGCAGCAAAAAGAGUCUUCGGGAAAAUUUGGUGCAUCAAUAAAAUAUAUUUUUCAUAUUGA